UUUUGAAGAGUUAACAUUAUACCCAAGUAGAGAUCUAUUUAGUAAUCCGCAAUUCGAUUAGCAUCAAACAAAAUUAUUAGAUAUAGAUCUAGAAUCUAUGACCUACGGGUCCAGUCGAAGCCUGACUCGAUAUUAUAGAUGUAGUCUGUGUAGCCUGGAUUUAGAUUUUCAUGCGUUAAGAUAAUUACAUAUUGAAGCUAUAUUGUUUGGAGUUGUGUAGGUCACAUAAUUUAAGAUAUGUUGCCAAGGUCUUUGAUCAGAUUACGUGUUGUUAUUUCACAUUUGAGAAUGGCUCAGAUGUCAACAAAAUCAGGGGAAGAAAUUCUUUUUCAAACAGUCAAUAAUACUGGUGUAAUUACCCUAAACAGACCCAAGGCUUUAAAUGCUUUAAAUUUGUCCAUGGUGCGCAAGAUGUAUGCUCAAAUGCUGAGAUGGGAAGAGGACCCCAGCAUUGGGCUGGUGCUGAUCAAAGGGGAAGGAGAGAAAUCAUUUUGUGCUGGAGGAGAUAUACGAGCUGUGACUGAAGCUGGUAGAAAAGGUGACCAAUUGGCUCAAGACUUUUUUAGAGAGGAGUACAUUCUCAAUCAUAAAAUUGGAGUUUACAAGAAACCUUAUGUAGCACUUAUAGACGGCAUUACUAUGGGAGGAGGUGUUGGUCUUUCUGUUCAUGGAAUGUUUCGAGUAGCCACGGAGAGAACUAUGUUUGCCAUGCCAGAAACUGGAAUAGGUCUGUUCCCUGAUGUUGGAGGCGGACAUUUUUUACCAAGACUUGAUGGGAAGCUUGGAAUAUUUCUUGCUCUUACAGGGUUUAGAUUGAAAGGAAGAGACGUGAAACACAUUGGUAUUGCCACACAUUUUAUUGACUCUAUGCAGAUAAAUGAGUUAGAGAAACAAUUAACAAGUCUAAGAAGUGAUGCUGGUGUGGAUGGUGUGGCCGCUGUUUUAAGUCGACUGAACAGUGAGUCCACAUUGGAUACUGACAAAGACUUUGUUCUCAAGCCACAUCUUGAGAAGAUCAACAAGCUGUUUGCUGGGCAGACAAUGGAGAAAAUAUUUGACAACUUACAGAAUGACAAGUCAGAGUGGGCCAAGAAACAGUUGGACAUUUUAAAGAAAAUGUCCCCCACAUCUCUAAAGAUCACACUAAGACUGCUGCUGGAAGGGAAGACGAGGAGUUUAGCUGAGGAUCUAACUGUAGAGUACAGGCUGAGUCAGAGAUGUCUGGAAGAUAGAGAUUUUUAUGAAGGUGUUAGAGCUGUUCUAAUUGACAAGGACAAUAACCCACAGUGGAAUCCUGCCAGUAUUAAAGAUGUGUCCAAUAGUAAAGUGGAUUGGUUUUUCUCUCCCUUGGAUCCCAAGAAAGAGUUGGUCUUGUGAUGACAGAAACAAAAGGCUUUCAUCUAGAAAUGGCUUGAGGGCCUAAGUAGCUCUAAUUGUAUUACGUCUGCGGAGAUGAAUCUUUGAUUGAGGGGAAGACACUAGCCACAAAACUCAAGUUUUGCAGUUGUCCAUAAAAAAAACUUGCUGAUUAAACUAUACACCAAACUCCAUGUUCUAAAUGUGUGUUACGUGAAUUAUUUUGUACCUUUAUUUUAACAUCUUUGUCAACGCUGCUGUUCAAAGAUGUACACACUUUCAUUCUAAUCAAUUUACCAGUGGUAAAAGUUGAUAGCUGACAUCUUUAAAUAAAAUCAAUGUUUCAGUGUUAAGAGAUGUUAGAUAAGAUCUUUAAAUAACGUCAUUCUACAAAUGAUAAAAAAGUUAGCUAUUAAUUUCCAGCAAUAGCUUAUAAAAAAUGUUUUUGUUUGGUAAUGUUAAAAAAUAAAUCUUUUACAUGAUAAAAGUUUUAGCAUUAUAUCGUCAAUAUCGACUAAAUUUUCUUUUAAAUAUUUAACUGAACUAUAAUAGAUUUGCUUACAUCUUAAAUGUACUUGGUUACCAUUAAAAUAUUGUUUAUUUUUAUGUACCAGUGAACUAUUUAUAUCAGGUCAAUAUCUCAGCUUUCUUUUGUAAAGAUAUGUUAAAAAUAUGAGUGCACAUAUUCUUGUGUUGUGAUUGUAUCUACUUUAUUUCUGCUUCAUUAGAAUUAUGUUGUAUAGAUAGAUCUAUUUAAUAACAUUUUGUUUGUUUUAAUCAGAAUAUUUAGUUUUUGUUGUUUUUUUUCCAUGUAAGUUUUGAAUGUAACUAAGACUGUGAAGAAACAUUCUCUCAAAGUGGGUUAGCACAACUGAAUUUUAAUUAUAUUUAAACAUGCCAGUUGUCACUGGAUACAAGCAUGGACCAUCUGGAAUCUGUUUUAUGUAGCUGAGUACUUUAACAUGCCACCUAGUUGGUUUUUAAUGAGUGGAUGAUUGGUGAACAUCUUCCUAGUGCCCCUUGCUCAAAUUUAAUUUUUUUAACCUCCAAUCUACUUGGAGCUUUGUUGAUACAGAUAAAUUUAUACUACAAUGAGCCUAUACUAUUGUCACAUGUGUGUAUAUAAUGUCACCCUGACAGCACACAAAUAACUGCUGACCAACAGGAAGCCAACUAUCAUUAUUCAGGUCACAUUACAUGUGCGUGGGAAAUAAAGAGUUAGCAGUUAUUCUGUGCUGUCAAGCAUGGCAUUAUACACACACAAACGUGACAUCAUUCCCCUAGCCCUGUCUAUUUUGAAUGAGUGUUUUUUUAUACACAUCUUUUCACAGUGAGGAAAUUAGUUUCAUCCCAAAUGGGGAAAGAUGUACAAUAAAAUACAUAGGCUCAUCAAUUGGAUGGCUGCCUGGUCGUGCGGUUUAUGCGCUUGACUUUCGUUCGGAUUUAUCGAUGGUCUCGGGUUCAAACCCUGCCCGCUCCCAUCCCCCGUCAUCCUGCGGGAGGUUUGGACUAGGAAGUAAACUAUCUUCAACUCUGAAGGCACAUCCGAAACAUGUAAAACAUUUUACAUUUAGAAUUUUAUGUUCAGAUUUUCACUUUAAAAAUCUGCAAAUGUCAUUGCUUGAUGGCCUUGUAAAAAGAGGGAAACAUAGCUAAUGUCUUCCCAACUUUGUUAAAUAUAGUAAUUCUCAACUAUUUGUGUGCGUAGCAGAAUUGCAUUAUGUUAUUUAUGUCUCUUAACAAGCAUUCUGUUAUGUCUUGGUUCAAAUUUGAUUCUAUGCUAUUGCUGUGAUCAUCUUUUUCAUUUCUUAAAGGAAUGCAAUUUUUGAAGUUAAUGUCCUUCCAAUCCAAUUUCUUUAGAGUAAUUCUGAAUAUUUGUGUAUGUAAUAUAAUUUCAUUCUUAGAUUACAUUAUCUCUUAAGAAAAAAAAACUGUAUCAUUUGUGACAAUAGGCUGUCAUAGCCCAUUCCAUUAUUACUGUUCGUUAACAAAUAUUAGUUAAUUUUGAUUGCUGUGUUUGUCAAGUAAAGUACCCUGAUAAGAAUACAUUUUAACCAGUAACUUUGUUGAUCUCCCUUAUCAACAUAUGAUUACACAGAGUUAUCUCCUAGUAUCCUGGCAAACAAUAAACCAGAUUGCACUCCCUAAAUGUAGAAAUCCUUUUCUUAAUAGCUUCCAGAUUUUAUUUAUGUGCUGAACCAGACUUUAAUGUUUUGAAUGUGAAGAUUUGAUGUUUCAGUUUGAUUCAGUCCCUGUAGUAUUAAUGUAUAUAUAGAUUGUAGGGAAAAUUUAUGUGAUGAAAAAAAUGUGGUCAGCUGUGAAUCCAGUGGCGUAGCCAGGGUGGGGGAAGGGGGUCCAAAUUUAAUAAUCCCAUUCCGUGGCUCCUACCAGAGGGGGGCCCCCAAAUGGGUGUCCAAAAUUUUGUUUUUUACAUUAAAUAUUACAUUAUCUCAUGUCAUGAUGUUGAAUAUCAAAAUGCAGGAGCCCCUAAAUAGGUCAAGAUCCCCCAAUCCCUAGCUACUCCACUGUGUGAAUUAAUGUAAGUGAUGUGAAUUCUUUAAUUGAAUAAUUGUUUGAUCUGUCAGCUGUACAUGAGCUUUACUUUGAUUAAUGUGAAUAGAAACAAAAAAUGUGUUGGGUACAGCAGUACUGUCAAUAUUUUUUGUUGUUGUCCUUUUAGAGUAGAAAUUGAAAUUCUAUUAAAGACUGAUUAAUGAGUUGA